ACAUAGUGAUGUUUAAGUCUUAAAUAUACAACACCAUCAUUAGCUAAUAAAGAUGUAUUGUGUAAUUUUAUUCCUAAAGUUUCCAUUCAGUGUAUUUUAGAUACACACACAUACAUGCACACAUGUACAACAACAUCUGAACUCGUAAAAUGGCAAAGAACACAUUUAACAUCAGUCGGAAGCAUAAAACAUAUCCAGCCAAUUUCAAUGUGGAGUGUAAAUCACAAUUGUUAGAUGAACAAGAGAAUGUCAAAUUAAUUGUCAAUAGACGAAGUGCAGUUGUCUACCCCAAAAAAUGGUCAUUUCGUUGUAAAUGGCACAAAAAGUUGGCAAUAACCUUAGCACUUAUUGUAAUUUGUAUACUGAUUAUUUUCGCCUAUACAGAUAUAUUUCGAAAUAAAAUAUUUUCGAUAUUUCUGUCAGAUGGAUUCGACAAGGUGACAAAUAUUGGAAAACUGCAGACAGGCUAUUACUAUAAUAAUAAUAAGCAGGCAGCUGUCGCAUUAAAUUCAACAAAUCAUUCAAAUUUGAAAUCAAUGCAAUAUCUACUGAGUUAUUCUCCGGUCCAACUGAACCUGAGCACACAUCUGAAAGCAUUUUCUUCCAACUACAAUAUAUUUGUUAUAUACACCAAAGAGAACUAUCGUCUGCAUAUGAAGUUUGAUUUGUUUGCACAUAGCCUGCUUAAGCAUACAAAUGCUCAAUUGCAUUUACACAUUAUAACCGAUAAGAAGAGUGAAGUGUCUGUAUUGGAAAUACUUCAGAGGAAAAUUCGAAAAUUUAAGCGAAUAUUAAUCUAUACGAUGUAUGAUGUGAAAAUCUGUUCGGAGAUAAUACAAGAUAUAACGGAUAAGCUGUUGCCAUAUUUUAGUUCAUCGCCCAAUUCAUAUUAUUCGGAUUCGUUAUUUUUCUUAUCACUCGGUUUGCAUCGCAUUGCUGAUAAGAGUUUAGAUCGCGCUAUUCUUUUUGAUUGUGAUAUUGUUUUUCGAUCGGACAUACGGUUACUGUUUGCAGAAUUCGAUCGAUUUUUGCCACAUCAACUUUUCGGAUUAGCGCCGGAAUUAACGCCAGUCUAUCGACAUAUACUCUACCGUUACCGUACACGAUUCCCGAAAUCAAAUUUCGGCAAUCCAUAUAAUCCAAUACAAUUAGGAGGAAAGAAAAACAAUGAAAAUAAGUUAGUAUCUAGUCGCAAUCGUGAUCGUCAUGGUUAUCCUGGCCUCAACUCUGGUGUGGUACUUAUGCUGCUAAAUCGCAUAAGAGAUUCUAAAACAUACAUCGAGAUGUUAACGCAAUUUGAAGUUAACCGAUUGGUUGCAAAAUAUUCGUUUAAGGGUCAUCUCGGAGACCAAGACUUUUUUACACUGCUUGGCUAUGAAUAUCCAAAUUUGAUAUACAGAUUAGACUGUGUCUGGAAUAGGCAGCUGUGCACCUGGUGGAAGGACCACGGCUAUAGUAAUCUAUUCGAUGCAUAUUUCCGAUGUGAGGGUGUUAUCAAAAUGUAUCAUGGCAAUUGUAAUACGCGUAUUCCAGAGAGAUGAAAUACAAACAUUUCAUUUAAUAAAAUACAUUGUACACAAAAAACUAAA